AACUAUUGAUAAUAACAUUCGAUUUACACGAGAAAAAAUGCAGCCAGGAGCAUCGAGAAAUCAAAAAUGAGAAUGCAUUGUAUGCAUGCGCGCAAUUCAUAUCAGUUGAAAUAAAGCAACAAAAAUGAGAGAGAUUCAAGAGAAUGAGAUGGAUGGCACACACACACACACAAAACACACAUUAUGUAUUCGUAUUACCAGUGGUUUGUCAUUCCGAAAAGAAAUCAUCAUUAUUUAGACGCCACCGAUGAUGAUCAGAAAGAAAACAACCAAUUCAUUUGUUGCCUCGAUCUUGAUGUAGUCACAGUGUGUAUAUGGUCAUCAUUAUUUUAGUGAAUUUUGACAUUUUAUAAUCGAAUGCAUACUACCACCACGACAACAACAAUGAAUAAAUCGACCACCAUCAUAAUGAUCAAAUAGACAUUUAUCUCUCUCUCUCUCUCCAUGUCUAUGUCUAUCUGAUGUUAACACAACAUUAGCCAUCCAUCUCUAUAUCAACAAUAUUGCUAUUGUGAACUGAAUGAUUCAGGCGAAUCAUCAUCAUCAUCAUGAUGAUGAUCGACCAACACCGAAUACGAAUGUGAAUGAACCCACAAAAACUACAUCGAACUACGAACCACAACAACAACAACAACAACAAACAUGGACAAAGUGAAUGUUUGAAUUUGUUGCCAAAAUCACCACAAUUCAAUUCUUAUGCUUGUUGAUUGAACAGAUCGGAAAUUGAUGGUCAUUCGACAAUCUCAACCAUCAGCAGUAGUGUAGUGAUUGCAAUGAUUAUGUGGUACCAUCAUGCUUCUUAUCACACUCAUUAUCAUUCAUCCAUUCCAACUUUGAAACCCUUAUAAUUUAUUCAAUUGUUUUUCAUUCAAGUGAUCCAUUCAUUUAAUCAUUAAUCGAUUGUUUCAAAAUACAACCAUCAGGUGAUUACCAACAUAAAUCAAUCAUUGUCAUAAAUUACCGGGUUGAACAAGCCCGACAAAACCGAAAUCACAACGGAUCAUUACUACAUGAAUCGUUUGGCUAGUGGUGAACAAGUGUUGAAUCCAUUCAAUCAUCAUCGAUUGUCCAUAGCCAACAACGUAACAAAUUUUACAAACAGUUCACCGUACGCCUCUUGGAUCCGUCCAACAACCCGAAGUGUCCUUAAACAUCAUCAUCAUCAACAACAACAACAACAACAACAGCAGCAGCACAACAGUUUCCCAUUGGAUUCAUCGUCAUCAAUACGAAAUAUCGUUAUGCCUCAUCACCAGAAUCUACAUCAUCAUAGUGGACAUCAUCACCAGUCUUCGGCGGCCGGUUCAGCAUCCUCAUCAUUGGCUUCAUCAUCUUCAUCAUCUUCGUUAGCAUCGAACAAUAAUAAUAAACCGGUCAAAAUGAAACGAACUCGACAACGUGUCGAUGCUGGUGAACCACGUAAUAGCUAUGCUAGUAUAGCCAAUUUCUCAUCACGCGGUGGUUACCAUGGUUAUAAUAAUCAUAAAUAUGGAUCCAACAGCAACAACAGUGGUAACCAUCACCACCAUCAUCAACAACAUCACCAUCAUAAUCAGCGAAUGUCGAAUGAAGCAUCUUCAGCCGCAUCAAAUGGAAACAAUCUUCAUGCGAAUCGUCUAGCUGGUAACAGUGGCAGCAAUAAUCACAAUUUCAAUUAUCAUUCAAUGUCCGAUGUUACCGCUAUGAGCCAGCAUCAUCAUCAAAUGUCAGAUAUGGCUACAUCACAUCACCACCAUCCAUCAUACAACAGUGGUGUUUGUGGCAAUAGUAAUGCUAGGAAAAGUGUGCUCAGAGAUUCAUCAUCAUUUUACCCUGGCCACCGAUCAUCGUGUGCCACCACCGAUGCAAUCAUGGAACAUCAAGCCACGUUGUUUCAGCAAUUAUGUCAACAGAGUCCAUUGGCUGCAUUCAUGUCGGCUAAUCAUCAUACACCAACACCACAAACGCCGAUGACCACAGCAGCACCAGGGUCAAAUAAAUCUCCACCAUUUCCCUCAUCUAUCAACACCAAGUUUGCCGGUGGGCAACAACAUCCUUCAACUACAUCGUCAACAACGAUGAUGGCGGCUGCAGAUCAAUUCAACACUACCGGUACUGGCUAUAAUCAAGCGGCUGCAUUUCUAACGCAAUUACAAUCGUCAAUGAAUCCCAACAAUGAUAACAAUAUGGCCAUGGCAGCCAAUUUCUUGAACAAUCUACAGGCAAAUGAAAUUGCAGCAGCAGCCGCUAUGGCUAAUUCCUCUUUGUUCAAUGCAAAUAAUGUGGCUGCGGCUGCCGCUUUCGAUGCUCAAUUAUUACGAGAUAUCCUCGAAAGUGGAGCUGCAGCCGCUGCUGCUGCUGCUGCUGCAGUUUCUACAGCGAAUAACAACAUUACUACGAAUAGCCUGGUUGCAAUGCAAUCGAAUGUAGAAUCGAAAGAUAAAACACAACUAGCGUCCAGCAAUGAGCAAUCACUACAUUCAUCCAAACAUUCUUAUCCAUUGUCAACAACCAACGAUGCUAGUGAACUGAACAAAUCAUCUCGUAAUGGCUCUGUAUCGACCGGAAAUAAACACAGAUUCAGUGUCGACGAUCUAGAUGGCUGUGCGAGAAACCUUUUAUUUGAUUAUAUAGCCGAUCCAAAUAUUAAUUCGAUCAAUCUGAUGGAACAAUCUUGUCUUGGAACCUCAUCGACCCCAUCAUCAACGACAAUCCACGAUGAACACGCGAUCAACAAUGAUCCUACUGCUGCUGCUGCUGCUGCUGGUGGUGGUUCGGAAGAAAAGAAUCGUCAACGAACAGACGACGACGAUCAGCUAGCCAAGCAAGUGGAUCACCAAAGCCAUGAGGCCAAUGAUUAUGCUGUUGUCUACGACGACGAUCCAGUUAAGCAAGCCGAAUCAUCACAUACUGAGAAUAAUAAUGAUCCUAAGAUGAUAAGAGCUACAAGUCUUGCCGAAAGUAGUGGUAUUGAUGACAACAACAACGACGACGACGAUGAUGAUGAUGAUGAUGAUUGUCGUAGUGAAGUGGUGGUUACACCAACAACAGCCGAUGAUGAUAUCGAACGGGACGGAAAUCUGGUUAAGGAGGAGCGACGUAUAACUCGUGGUCGACCUCCGUUACAUUCAUUACACAGCAAUGCUGUUGUAACACUGUCACAACAGCAAACACGAUCCAAUCAAUGUACGACGACAACAGUGAACAACAACAGUAGCUUAGGAUCGACCUCCUCUUCAUCAACAUCAUCAUCGUCGUCAUCUCCAUCGGCUGAGGAAACUAUUUCUUUAGAUCGUUUUUCAUCUUUGUCGGCAAACCGUAAACAGCAACAACGAGAUUCGAAUUGUGACCAAGACGUCGUCAACGACGAUUACAUAGAAAACAUCCAAAAUAAUUCGAUUGAUCGUUCAAACGAAAACUUGUGUUCGAAUAUGCUAUUGGAAACGGUGCCCAACACCAACACUACAGUAACCAGCAUCAAUAAUCGACUAAGAAGUCAGCCAAUGAUGAAAUCCGAUAUUGAUGAUGAUGAUGAUGUUGAAACCGCUAAUGGUGGACAUCAUCCUGGUGGUGAUGACAGCAACAACAAAGCCACCACAGUUACACAAUCAUCAAUGACCACAACUAAUGGACCUUCGGCAGGUAUCAUCAUCAAUGGUUGCAAGAAACGCAAACUAUAUCAACCACAACAAUCGAGCAAAAUGCUCAACACAAGCAAUGGCAGUAUAGACACCGAAGACGAUAUGGAAGAUGAUGAUGUCGGUGAUGGUGAUGUACUUGACGAUGAUGAUGAUGAUGAUGAUGGUGAUGGUGAUGGUGAUGGUGAUGGUGAUGAUGAUGAGGAAGCUAAUUCAAAUAAACGUCGUCGACGAUCAUUGAUCGGGGUCGAAGACAUUACAGCUGGUGGUGCUACUGAAGCCGAACUAGAUGAUGAAGGAUAUGACGAGAGUGGUAUACAUCAAGAACAACAACAUCAACAAUCGUUACGACAACGUCCGCGAUCCAUCGAACAACAACAAAAGUCAAGUGAGUCAAAUGUCAAUAUUAAUAAUAAGGAAUUGGAUCUUUCAUCCAAUAACAACAUUAACAUCAACAAAACAACAACAAUAAUGAGUCGCAAGCAGUCAGGCAUGACUACUACCGGACGUACAUUGAACAAUAUGAACAUGGAAAAUGCACAGAAUUCUUCAUCGUCAGCAAAUAGUAAACGAGCUCGUAUUUCGGAUUAUGAACGAGAUUUGAGCAAAUUUCAACAACAACUUUUUCAAAAAUAUACACCCUUCAACUCUAUCAACAACAACAACAACAACAACAAUCAAAAGCCAAUCAAUCGACAAAUGGCCGAUCGUCGUCAACGCCGUCAUAAUAAUAAUAAUAAUCCACAGCGUUCUAGUCCGGUUACCAAUGUCAUGAUGAUGAACACAAUGAUGUCAAUGAACAACAACAAUGAUAAUAAUAACCACAGUGAUUGUGAUAUGAUGCAAAUGUUUGCGGCUGCUGCAGCAGCAGAUUCUUUUGGUGGUCACAUUUCACCAUCAUCAUCAUCACAUGGACAACAACAACAAUUAUCAUCAGUUUCAGAAAAAUUUUGCAAAAUUUACGAUAUGGAUCUAUUUGUGGAAACAGUCACAUCACAAGUGAUACAAUCAAUGACAAGAAUUGUCGCCAAUUCAAUCCGAUCACAAUUGGAAGCUCAACAACAGCAAACACAACAACAGAAUCAUCAGCGAUCAUCGUUAAAAGAUCAAAAUCAUACUACAGUCCCCAAACUAGGAGCCACCACCGAUCUUUUGGCUCAGAUGUUAGACGCUAAAUAUUCACGUCAAAUCAAAAUGGCUUCAUCUCCCAACAACAAUGGUCAUCAUAAGAAUGGCCGUGAUACAGCCGGUAGUCCGUUUGUGAUGGCAGCCGCUGCAUCAUCAUUGGAAACUUCACCAAUCAACAAACCAUCAUCGUUUGUGUAUCCACCAAACGCUGGUGGAUAUUACGGCAAACAAGCAAGCGGUGUUUAUGGUCGUGAUACCCCAGUGAUGAUGGUCAAUAUGAACGGAGUUCGCGAUACGACUCCCGCGUCAUCAGCGUCCAACGUUUAUGGUGGCCGAGUGGUGGAUACAACUGCAGCUGUCUCACCGGUAAUGGCCGCCGAACAAACCGAAGCCAUUUCAUUGGUGGUAGGACCAGCCAAAAAACGUCGAAACAAAGUUACCGAUUCACGAUUGCCAGUCCGUACACCUACCCGGAUCACGCGUAACGUGAAUGAUGACCAUAUACGAGAAACAUCGUCCGUAAGUCCACCCAUAUUGACCAAUUAUCCAGCCGCAGCUGCCACGGCCAACUCUUUACCGGUAUCAUUGGCUAGUCUUCAACAUGCAAGCGAAUUUUUCGAUCCAACCACAGCGGCGGCCACUAUCAAUACGAGUGCAAAGACAUUUCCGUUUGCUGAACAGGCAGCUGCUGCCCGUCUUGCUGGAACAUUGUUCAAUGUGGACGACGUUGAUCAACUGAAAAACAGUCUGACUGCUUCGACCAAUGGUUCUUCAAUGAAUGGUGCAGCUACCGGAACCGAUGCCGUCGCUAAUGCAGUAGCGGCAGCCGCUACUGCUCACCAUUUACGUAUGUUUGUCGCUAGUCGAGCUUCACCCGAUUCGAUGAGUGGUGGUUACGCUGGAGCAGUACUCAGUUCGUAUGGUCGUGGUAGUGGAACCGGCAGUGAAAAUGGUGGUGAUGGUUCCGAAACAAAUGAUACACAAUCCAUCUAUGAUCCAUCGAUGCCAAUGAUAUCCUUUUCAAACAAUCAAACAGCUAGAUUUCAUUCAAAUCCAUUAACCGAUUCAAUGUCCUUAACUUCUUUGCACACUAGUACUUUAUCCCCUAUGCAUCUUAGGAAAGCCAAACUCAUGUUUUUCUAUGUCCGUUAUCCCAGUUCAUCGAUACUGAAAAUGUUUUUCCCAGACAUCAAAUUCAACAAGAACAACACCGCACAAUUGGUCAAAUGGUUCUCCAAUUUCCGCGAGUUUUACUACAUUCAAAUGGAGAAAUACGCACGACAAGCAUUGAGUGAAGGUAUCAAAAGUGCCGAUGAUCUUCAUGUCACUGAUGAUUGUGAAUUAUUACGUGUUCUGAACCUUCAUUACAAUCGAAGCAACCACAUUGCGAUCCCGGAGAAUUUCCGUUCAGUGAGUGAAACAACAUUGCGUGAAUUCUUUAAAUCAUUGCAACAAAACAAAGAUACGGAACAAUCGUGGAAAAAAGCCAUCUACAAGAUUAUCGCCCGUCUUGACGAUAAUGUACCCGAGUAUUUUAAGAAUCCAAACUUUAUGGAACAAUUAGAAUGACAAUCAGUAUCCAUCAUCGAUGAUCUUGAGUGAUCACCGUUAUUCAUCCCCAUCAUACAAUGAAUCAAUCAACAAACUCAAUCAAUGCAUUGGUUGAGCAAUCAACAGCAAAUUGCCAUUGUGUAAUGAUGGUGUGGAUUUCCCCUUAAUCAUUGAAAUCAUCAUCCUACUUCCUCUCCCUUUCCUCUAUCAACUAGUCCUCUCUAUUAUAUUACUGUUUACAACACACAUACUACACACACAUCCAACAUUUCGUUCAUCACAUUCCUCUCUCUAAUCAUACCAGUCAUUUUCUAAUCAUCUAAGUCUCAACAAUCACACACACACACACACACACACACACACAGAUUACACAAUGAAGGCACAUCCACCAACAAUCUAAUCGAUAAGCAGCGAUGAGUGUACAAAGACUAGUCUCGAAAUGGACAU